AUGGCCGUCGUUUGUGCCCAAGCCGUCGACUCUUGGCCCAUCUGGAACCUCCAAGGCUACGGGGUCGAGGACUGCGAGGAGACGCCCAUCUGGGAACUCGACGACUGCGAGGAGACGGCCGAGCUCGGCUCCGGGAGCUUCGGCACAGUCACCAAGGCGUGGUCCUACAAGACCGGCGAGAGCGUCGCCAUCAAGACCCUCGGCUCGAGCAGCCAUGACGCGGUCCGGCGGGAGGCCGACCUCCUCAGGGCGUGCCAUGGCCACCUCAACAUCGUCCAGCUGCGGGACAUGUCCUUCGACCGCAACGCCGACAGGCUCUCCCUCGUCAUGGAGUACGUCGGGCCGAGCCUCCACGACGUCCUCCACCGCGCCCGCCGCGGCUGCCCGUUCCAGGAGGACGUCGUGCGCUUCCUCAUGCGGCAGCUUCUGAGCGGCGCCGACCACAUGCACCGGCUGUGCCACGUCGUCCACCGGGACAUCAAGCCCGAGAACGUCCUCGUCGGCGACGGCGUCAAGAUAUGCGACUUCGGGCUCGCCAUGUCCAUGUCCCAGGCCCCGCCGUACGGCCACCGUGGCACCCGCAGCUACAUGGCGCCGGAGAUCCUCCUGGGGAAGCCCGACUACGACGCCACCGUGGACGCCUGGUCGCUGGGCUGCGUCAUGGCCGAGCUCCUCCUAGGCGAGCGGCUCUUUGGCCGCGCGGCGGACGACGCCGACCAGCUCCUCAGGAUCUUCUACGUACUAGGCGUGCCGGACCAGAUCUCCUGGCCGUCCUACAACUCCAUGCCGCUGGCCGGCGAGCUGGUGGCGCCGCCGAGCAUCCCCCACCGCAACAGGCUGCGCGAGGUGUUUCCAGAGGACUGCCUGUCCAGACAAGGUUUCCAAGUAUUGAGCGGCCUCCUCUCCUGCGACGCAGGCAAGAGGCUGUCGGCGGCUGACGCCCUCGAGCUUCCAUGGUUCACCACCAACUAG